AUGGGCUGGUUCUCAAAGACAAAACCGAUGGACGACCCCUCGAAGCCUCCCUCGCGGUCGUCGCGCAAGCAAUGCUGGGAGAGCAGAGACACGUUUUUCCGCUGUCUUGACGGCAUCAACGUGGUGAACGCGUUGGACGCGAAGCACGCAGACGCGAUCAAGGCGAGCUGCAGCGCACAGGAGCGGGCGUUCGAGCAGGACUGCGCCACGAGCUGGAUCAAGUACUUCAAGGAGAAGCGGGUGGUGGACUACAAGCGUGAAAAGUUCCUGAAGGAGAUGGAGGAGAAGAACGCGCAGCAGGUGGACCUGUCGGGGAUAGUGCGGCGUUAG